CUCUUUCCCUUUUCUCAUCGUCGAAGAGCUGUACCCACGGACACGCCAAGACAGCCUCUAUACGGUCGAUCGGGACAACACGAGAGCCUCAACUCACUCAGUCACUCACUCACUCACUCGCUGCCUACCUAGCUCCAGUCACUCACCGACACCAGCCCAGAAAGACCGUGCCCCGUUACCACAAACAGCCAACCUCGUAUCAUUAUCGCCAAAAUGUGGACAAUUGUUGCCCGCUUUGUUGAGGCCGCCGCCUCCGUCUCCCACUACGUCCGUGAGGAGCCCUGCGCGACCGGCCUUCACAUGAUCGUCGCCCGCGGCAGCACUGAAGAUCCCGGUCUCGGGCGGAUCGGCGUUGUCGCCCGGAACGUCUCCCUGCUCAUUCCCGGAUCGACCAUUUCAGCCAUCGACUAUCCCGCCACUUUGGAAAACUACACCACCUCGGAGGAGAAGGGAGCCAUGGGCUUUGAGAAGAUGCUCAUUGAGUACCAUGAGAAGUGCCCGGACACCAAGGUGGCCCUGCUGGGCUACUCCCAGGGCGCGCAUGCCAUGAUGGACUCGGUUUGUGGCGGAAUCCCUGGAGAGGGCUCGGAUUACCAGGCUAGCAAGGGAUACCUGGAGGUGUUCAACGAGUCGGUCGUUGCGGCCGUCGCCUACGGUGACCCAAGCCACACAACGGGCGCUCCCUGGAACCUUGGCACCAGCACAAAGACUGGCAUCUUCCCCCGCAACGACACCACCUCAUGCCUGCCCUUCGCUUCGCACAUUGCCUCUUGGUGCGACACGGGCGACAUUUACUGCGAUUCUGGCUCGUCCCUCACCGUGCACGGCAGUUACUUUGCCAACUACACCAUGGAUAGUGUCAAGUGGAUCGUUGAGAAGUACAAGGCCUCGGGUGGUAGCUCGACCUCCACUGAUUCUACUCCCUCGUCCACGUCGACUGGCAUUGCUGUCCCCACUGGAUCUGGAACGGCCACCGGGGGCGCGACUGCCAGCGCUUCUGCUUCGGGCAAGCCUGCUGAGGGUGCUGCGGUUAACGUGAGGGGAUCGGGUGUCAUGGUUCUGGCUGGUGUUGUUGGCGCUGUCGGUAUGGGUCUUGGUCUCUUCUAGAGCUGAGUGGAUGAGUUCAGGUUGGGAGGGCGAAUGGAAGUGAUUGACCUACAAAAAAUGGAUUGGAUACCUCUACGAGUAAUGAUCGGACGGGGGCACAGGAUAUAUGCCUUUAAUUUCUAGUAAAAAUUCCAGUUCAUGAACGCACUUAUCACCUAGUGUAGAGCUCUACUGGAUGCAAAUCAAAUUUGAUUAGACAAAAUACAUAGGAGGUAGUCCGUCUUCA